AUGUCCCCCGUACCAGAACCCAUUCUUCAAGCCCUCUCACUCCCAUCCGAAUCAAAAGUCAGCCUCUCCACAUCCGGAUUAGGUUCAGGCUUCACAAGCACAGGCACCAUCCACGCCCAGAUUCCCGCCAAAAAUGGCACAGAAGAGCGACGCUACUUUGUAAAAACCUCCUCAAAAGGCAAAGCCGCAGAGGAAAUGUUCCAAGGCGAAUCCGAGUCUCUCAAUGCAAUAGCAGCCUCAGUGCCAGGGUUCUGUCCGCAAGCCCUAGCUCGGGGUCCACUCGACGAGCCAGGUGCAAAGGCCAAAACGCACUUCCUCGCAACAGAGUUCCUCCAGCUCGGCGGCAAGAUGGGCCGCAGCACGGAUGACGAAGUCACGCUCGCGCACCGCCUCGGCAGACUGCAUACCACGCCCGCACCUGUGGACCCGGACACCGGCCGGCACAGAUUCGGAUUCCCCGUACCAACCUUCUGCGGUGAUACCAAGCAGCCGAACCGGUUUUGUGACAGCUGGCCUGAGUUCUACGCGAAUGAACGGCUGCUUACGAUCCUAGCUACAUCUGAAGAGCGCAAUGGGCCCGAUGCUGGGCUGCGCGAGGCGGUUGAGAAGACCGCGCAUGUGGUUGUGCCUCGGCUGCUUGGGGAUGGUCAUUUGGGGUAUACUUCCGCCGGUGAGGGGAAGGGGAUUGUGCCUGUUGUUGUUCAUGGGGAUUUGUGGAGUGGGAAUGCUGAUUGGGGUCGGAUUAUUGGCUCGGGUCACGAUGAGCCGCCUGGGGAUGUGGUAUACGACCCGUCAGCUUGCUAUGGGCAUAGCGAGUUUGAGCUUGGAAUUAUGCAGAUGUUUGGUGGGUUUGGGGCUCGGUUCUUUGAUCAGUAUCAUCAGAUUGUACCGAAGACUGAGCCUGUGGCGGAGUAUGCUGAUCGGGUGGAAUUGUAUGAAUUGUAUCAUCAUCUGAAUCAUCAUGCUAUUUUUGGUGGAGGCUAUCGAUCUGGUGCUAUAUUGAUUAUGCAGAAGUUGAUCGGGAAGUAUGGAAAAGACUAG